UGCUUAUGGCUCUGUUUCCCUGCAACACUCGCGCGCCAGGAUGCACAUCACAGAUGAGUAUUCGUAGUCAUUGUUUUGGUUCGAGCAGAGCUAGCUAAAUUAGUUUUUGCAGUCGGCGUGCAAUUAUAUCGGAGUGUCCCGAACCAUCACAGCCAGGAAUCAACGACCAACCAUGACUCUUCCGGCUGCCCCACCCAGCUACGCUGAGGCUGUAGCAGGGGACAAGGAGCCGCGAUUUGGUGCCCCACCUUACACCACCCAACCACCCCCAUUUCCACCCUCGUCAGUGCCCAUCCAUCCAACCUCCUGGGCCUUUGUACAUCCAAGCCCAAGCCCCGGCUACGUUAACCCCUAUGCCUCAGACGCGCCGUCACCCUUCUCUGACCCCAGCACCAACGGCAGCUGCGAUGGGCUCAGCGGAGAUGGCUGGGAGGACAAGAACGUCCGGCGGAUGUUCAUCCGCAAGGUCUUCACGAUUCUGAUGAUUCAGCUGAUGGUGACCUUUGCCGUUGUGGCCCUCUUUACGUUCUGUGAUGAAGUCAGGCAGUUUGUACAGUACAAUCGUGUCCUUUAUUUGGCCUCUUAUAUCACUUUCAUGGGGACGUACCUGGUACUGGUGUGCAGUACAACUAUCAGACGGCAAUACCCCACAAAUCUCAUUCUGCUCGGCAUCUUUACUUUAGCAAUGUCCUAUAUGGCAGGAAUGCUGGCAAGUUACCACAAUACGAAGGUGGUGAUGUUGUGUGUCGGGAUCACGGCUGCUGUAUGCCUAGCAGUGACUCUCUUCUGCUUCCAGACAAAGUUUGACUUCACCCCGUGCCACGGCCUCAUGUUCUCCCUCAUGAUGGUGCUGAUGGUGACCAGCCUGCUGCUCAUCUUCAUCGCCCCCUUCGGAUAUAUUCCCUGGCUACAGACAGCCUAUGCCGGACUGGGGGCUCUGGUCUUCACACUGUUCCUGGCAUUUGAUGUGCAGCUUCUAAUGGGGAACAGGCGGUAUUCCUUAAGCCCGGAGGAGCAUGUGUUUGGGGCUAUUUGCCUGUACAUGGACAUCGUCUACAUCUUCUUCUUCCUCCUUCAGCUGUUUGGCAGCCGAGAGUGACUCCGCAUGCACACCCCGUGCAGGCACCCUUCACGUGUGCCAACCCAGCACAUACCGGUUCAGUAAGCAGGUUGUACGACUGCCAACGAGAGCGCAUGGGAACCGGUGCGAUUCAGCGAGUCCUUGGAUUCUUUUUACAUUUUUAUCAAGAUACCCUUUAUAUCUUGAGUCCUGUUAUUCGCUGGGCAUGUUGUCAAUACAACACUUCCUUGUUUUUGUUGCCAUGCAAGAUUCAAGGCUAUCAGGUCUGCAAGGGUGACUGACACACUGGCCACACCUCCAGCCUUGCAGUACAACAGCCUCCUCUGGUAGCUAUUACAAUGUGGUGCAGGGCCACCCAAUCGCAUCAGUUUGGCUUUUUUUUAUUUAUCCAGACGUGAUAUUUCCAACUUUUGUUACAGAAGCUGAAACUGGAAAUGCUAGCUUGAGUGUAAUCAACUAAAUCACACAAAUAGCUUUUCUGUACCUACCCUCAGUUCAACGAUGCAAUGAUAAAGCAUAAAAGUGUUUUAAAAGUCAACCCAAAUACCAAGGGAAAGGGCUAAAUAUCAAAGCAAUAAUAUGGCCCUGUUUAUGAGUGUCUAUGCAGACCUGCUGUUGCCAGUGGGUACAGCUUUAGCUUAGCUUAAAUAUAAUAGUCAUAGUCCUAGUCCUAAAGAAUGACUUUUGUUUAACUGACAGUGUGCCCCAUUGUUCACCACUGGUGUGGGUUGAAAAAAAAAAAACAGACAGGCUGUUCCUGUCCUUUUUAUGGGAAGCCCAACUUCCCAGUCUUAGUAAAUGGGAAUAUCUGGCAGGUGUGUUCUAAUUAACAAUGGGGCUUUAACAGCCAUAAUUCCAAACAGAAGUCUUUGAUAAUUUACCUGAAGGUAAAUUUAGUCCUCCUGAUUGGCUGUUUAAUAUUUACCAGCUGCCAUCUAAAGUGGAAGCCUUGAUCAUGUCUUUUUGGUGUCUAUUUACAGUUAGAACUGAUCCUCACAAGACAGGAUGUUGGGUUUUAGUUUGGUGACAGAUACUGUAAAAACUAUUUAUGACCAUCAGUAAAUGUGUUUAUUACAAUCAUGGCACUAAGACUGCAGUCCAACCAUUCAAGAAAGGAGUUCAUAAAGAUUUUUAGUUUUAGCAUGUCAUUGUUUUUUUUUUAUAAUAACAUCUUGUCCAGAAAGAGACAACCACACACAUCAUCUGUUACGAUCACUGUGUGCCACCCAGACUACCACAAUCGAGGUGGACAUGAAUAUCCUUUGGAUCCUGUCUCUAAAAUAUGGUGUAGACAAUUCAGCCAUCUCUUGUUUCUUGCAUAUGCAAUAUCAUUACACUGGUUUUCAUAUGGGAACAGCUGCAGUAGUGUGAGACUUUUGGUCCACAAAAGCAAAAGCAAAUCAUUGAAAUCCAUAAUCAUUCCACCCUUACAUGACAAUGCUAAACGCAAAUGAUUAUUUUGCGUUUUACACUUUUGUUGGAAAAUGUGUAAUAGACAAAGUGUUAAAAUUAAGUGUUCAGGUAUAUAGUGUAGACAUGAGUGUAACUGAAGUGACUGCUUUGUAUUCAAAGAAAGGGCAGUUUGAUUUACUUUUGGAUUGAUUAUGUAAGAUUUAUCUGUCGUGUGCCAAAUGCAUGAAUGUUUAUACAAAAUUUGUGAAAUGUUUCUUGCUGUAAAUGAACACACACACACACACACACACACACAUAUAUAUAUAUAUAGUAUGUGUGGUUUGAAAUACAAAUAUGUAAGUAUGUUCCCUUAAGUUUAAAAAAAUAAUUUUAAUAACACAAUGGUAACAGCUGGGGUGGCCAACCGAGGUCCUGGAGAGCCACAGGGUCUGCUGGUUUUUGUUUUUACUUGGCACUUAAUUGAUCACUUAAAGCAGGCGAUUACACAGUUAACUCUCCUCACUUGGUUUCUUUGGUUUAAGUGUUUCUUGUGUUUAGGGUGAAAACAAAAACCAGCAGGCCACGUGGCUUCCCUGGAUCAGGGUUGGCCACCUCUGGGUGACAGUAUUUUCCUUGGUACUGUACAUUAAGGUGACCAGAUUUCAAAUCACGGUCCUCAAGGGUUGUGCUGGUUUUCCAGCCUCCCUUUAUCUGGGAGUCAGGUGUGAAGAUGGUCUGGCCAAUCAGUAGUACAUUGUACAUUUCCCUAGGUUUGUGUAGAACAGUGGUAAUCAACCCUGUUCCUGGAAAUCGACUGUCCUGUAGGUCUUCAUUCCGACCGUAACAAAGCACACCUCAUUCGAUAGCUGUUGGUCUUGUUGAGCUGUUAAUUAGGUGUGAGCUGUUGAUUAGGAUCUUGUAUUUAGAUUGAAAUGAAAACCAAAAGGUAAAUCUCCAGCAACAGGGUUGGCUACCACUGGUUUAGAAUAAGGACUAUUGAGUAGCCUCAAUUAUGAGCUGUGCAUCUCACCGCGAUAGCCAUUCUUUGAACCAAUAUUAUGUAUGCACAAAGGCACGGCAAUCAACAGCAGCAGUAAAUUCAUUUAAGCAGUCAGUGUACAGCGGUGGUUUCUGAUUACAUAAAGAACACGGGCGUAACAACCCGCAGUCAGGCACGGUCCACGCACAUUUAUAAUUAAAUGCGCAGUUGUCACUUGAAGUAUUAUGUAAGCCACGUGAAACGAGGCAGGCCCGGCCCGGCCCGGCAUCGAUAAGGGAGGCGAGCCAUUAACUGUCCAAAGACCCCCUUUUGGCUGCGCUGUUCCCAGCAUUUCUUUCCUCGGUGUACACCGUGUUUACUCUUGUGUCCGUGACGCACUCAGACUAUAGAAGCGUUCGGCUCCAGUAGUGAGUGCAUGAGUCCUGGUGGCAGCCUGCCCCACCCCCUUCUCUAUACACAAAAUAUGACCCUUUCUGGCUGUCAUCAGGAUGAUUCAUUUUUACUGUUGUUAUGACUGCUGUUAUUGUAUAUCUUUUGUAUCAUCCUCUGAUGAAUGAUUAAAACAAUACAUUCAAUAAAAAUUUCAGUAAAGCUGC